CCGCCGUGUCCAUGGCACCGCAUCACUUCCGGAGCGCGGGGCGGUGACGCGCACGGGGCGCCGCGGUUCCGGUAGCGCGGUGCGGGCCCGGAGCUGCCAUGGGCGCCGCUCGGGAUGCGGAGCAGCAGCAGCCGGGGCCGGGCGCGGAGGAACAGCAGAGCCCAUGGAACAUCAUGAUCAAGCACCGGCAGGUGCAGCGCCGCGGCCGGCGCUCGCAGAUGACCACCAGGUACGGGCGGACGGAGCCGGGGAUCGCGGCCGGACCAGGCUGGGGCCGGGCCGCGGCCGCCGCUGACCCCUGUGCCCCCAGCUUCACGGACCCGGCCGUGUCCAUGGACCUGCUGCGCGCUGUCCUGCAGCCCAGCAUCAACGAGGACAUCCGCGGCGUCUUCAACAAGUACAUGAAGUUCUUCCAGAAGGCAGCCACCAACGUGCGCGAUAACGUCGGGGAGGAGGUGGACCCGGAGCAGCUGAUCCAAGAGACGUGUCGGAGCUGCCUGGAGCAGGCCAAACUGCUGUUCUCAGAUGGGAAAAAGGUUGUUCCCAGGCUGCCCCAUGAGCAGACAGUGCCAAAGCGAGCCCGGCAGAUGGACGAGGAGCUGAGCCGCCGAGGGAGCCCCAUUCCCAAGAAGAGAAAGGGGAGGCCUCCAGGACAGAGCCUCUUGAACGACCGCGGGGUCUCCGGCAUGGCUGCGUGGAAGCUCAAAGUCUCUGAGCCUGUGAGAAGGGAUGGACCAAAGUGGGAUCCAUCCCGACUGACUGAAACCACAACCUUUGUGCUGGGAUCUCGAGCAAACAAGGCUCUCGGGAUGGGAGGAACAAGAGGGCGACUCUACAUCAAGCAUCCCCACCUCUUUAAGUACGCAGCUGACCCGCAGGAUAAGCACUGGCUGGCAGAGCAGCAGCACAUGAGGGCCACGGGGGGCAAGAUGGCCUACCUGCUCCUGGAAGAGGACAUCCGGGAUUUGGCUGCCAGCGACGAUUACCGGGACUCGGUGGACCUGCGGCUGGAGGAGCUGAAGCCGUUCGUGCCCCCGGCCUGGAUGACCGAGAAGAUGCAGAAGCACAUGGAGACCCUGCGGCGGGGGGCGGACACGGCGCCCCCCGAGAGCCCCCCGGAGCCCUGAGCCCCACGGAGCCCUGAGCCCCCCGGAGCCCUGAGCCCCCCCUGGGCCCCA